CCCUAUUUUCUUGUGAUGUCUCCUCAGAUUCUGGUUGCAAAACAAAAUGUCCUUGUUAGAGGCUCUCUUCUUGAGAAUAAGACUCAACAGAAUUUCAGCAAUGUUAAAAGGGAUUGCUUAUUACUCUAAAACCUAAGAGCAAGGGUAGGAAAAUUUUAGGAACUAUAUAACCAUGUAUUAACAGUCAUCUGCAAAACUACAAAUACAUGAAAAAUGUAUAAAAAGCAAAAAAUCUUUAGGCAACAUAGGUAUGAAAUCAAAUGCAACUCAUACAGGAUUGACUCCUGCUGUUCUACAGAAGUCUGGAUACUCCAUGCACUUGUCACUACAUCAGGUUUUGGAGGAAAAUAGGUGUGUUAAUAAAUGCAACUCACACCUGCAGGAAAUGUCCAGGAAAGGUGGUUUCUGUAGGGAGCUCCUCCUCUUUGAUCAGUGAUGUGAAAGGGGGAGGUAGAGCAGCAGCACUGCCUGCUGGAGACAACUGAUGUCUCAUGACAUGCCUGUUGUGGCUAACUUCCUCUCUAAGGAUUAAAUUAAUUUUCUAGGUUUCUCCAUCUGGUGGGUAGGUAGAGUGGUGCUGUUCUGCUUUAUAAAAUACUCAAAGGAUCAUGAGGAAAAGGUGUAUUGGAACAUGCUCUUGUCUAGUUUUUUAUUAUAUACAAAGCACAAGUGCUCUGUGAGUCAUCCCAGAGGCAGAGCAGCCCAGUCAUGUUGGGCAGUGCUAUCCAAGAACAAAAAUAUCUUUUUAAUACUUUCUGGUGCUUCAGGAGUUGCAGGGCUGCAUGUUUCCUGCACUUGUGGUCCUGAUUAUUUCAGUCUCUGCAGCAGGGAGCACACACAAUUAAGUUCCGGAUGGGACCAUGGUUUCGUUUUUAAGAGCAGAGCACUGUGGCACUUCCCCUUUGUGUGCUUUGUGCUGCCCUGCAUGGGAGACCUCCAAGCCUGGGCUCAACCCUCUCACCCAGAAAUUGCAUCCUAACUGCUGGGACAAGGUCUUGGAAGAGCUUCUGAAGAGUUACUGAAGGAGAAAAUAGUAAGUCUGGAAAAUGGGGCUCCUUUGGGCACUUUUUUCAUAAUUAGUGUUCUUAACUGGAAGAUUUUCUGCCUCUCUGUGGAUUGUUCUUACUAAGAUAACAUCUGUUCCGAUGCUUAUGAGCAAAGAUGGCUCCUGAAAUGGUACUACACAGGGAAAUGAAACUAAGUUUUAAACUGUGUUCACAAUGUGCAUUCUUUUUUCACCCUUAUUUAUUUUUUAAUUCUGGUUUCCCAAAGGUGGAAAUAUUACUAUUAACAUUCCCAUUUGGUUUUUUUUCUUCUCCUUUGUGUGAUCUACUUAUUUGAGCUAGGCAGAGUAGGGCUUUUGUCUUUUCAAACAGGAAAUGAAACAAGUGAAAGAGUCUGGUAGGAUUGAAAAGUGCCUUGUGAGUAUUCUACAGCUAAUUUAUAAGCCAGAGACCCCCAUUAGUGCUUUGUGUGGUGCCUUGGGGAUAUCUGGGAGCCAGACCCUGUGAAGACUCAUGGAGGAAAAGUGAGUUCUGACCCAGCUUGAGAAUUAGCUGUUUAUCAGUAGUUGUGACAUUGCAAGUUUGUACAAUAGCCUAGCUCCUGACCUAAGAACAGUUCCCUUCCUGGCAGCCACUGCCAGUGGCACAGAAGAAAUCAAACACCCCUUGGGUUUAAAGGAAAUCCUGUAUAUCCAUGUCAUUCUCAGAGAAUUAGCAUUUUAUUCAGAGAAUGCCAUUUCCUUUGAAUAGCCCAUAAUUAAGCAGCUAUUUUAUUUAAAGGUGUCGUAAUGAAAUGCCUGUACAGUCAGUAUUCAAGCAGUUGUCUCUUACAAUGUAUUCCAAGUACUGAUAAAAAAACUUGUGCAGGAGGAUGUGGACUGGAAAACCAGCAUGUCAGCCACAGCUCUGAGCAGCAAAUUUAACUGAUGGGUGGCAGGGGCUGGUUGCAGCAAAUAUGGAAAUUUGCAUGUGAGAACCAACUCUUCUGACCUUUCCUGUUUUUCAUUAAACAGCUCACCCAAGGAGGUGUCCCAGCCCUGACAUGUUCCAUUUUGUGUUGUUCCUGCAGUAUGUUAUUCUCUGAAAGGCUGUUGCCUGGGACCAAGCCUCACCAAUAUGCUGCCCAGCCACAUGAAGGGCUGCUCAUGGAUGCUAAUUAUGAGUAAUAAGCAAUGGGUCUAUUAAAUGCUGGAGAACUGUAGUUCUCAGCCUCUGAAAUGCCUGUGGGAAAUCAAUACUGAUAAAUGUGAGCUGAAAUACAAUAAAUGAUGUGUUCUCAAUGGUGUGUUGCUAUGUAGUAAUAAGAUCUUGGAGAUCUAAUAGAUAACUCCCAAUAAAGGGUCAGCAGUGAUGAAAAAAGCAAACAGGACUUAGGAGGAGAGGAGCAGAGACCACUGUGAAUGCUGCGGUGCACCCUUCUAAAUCUGGGCAGGUCUCAUUCCUAGCACUUCCAAAAGGCUGUGAUCAUGCUGGAGGAAGCUCAGAAAAGAGCACUGAGGAUGAGCAGCUGGUUUUCCAGGGAAGGGCAACUGUCGGCUGUCUUAGCUCAGUUUUGGAAAGACAUGGACAAGGAGGCUUUGGGUUUGUAGGGCAGGAGUGACGUGGAGCAUUAACACAGUAGUGUGAAAUUGUGGAUCAGUUGGCCUUUGCCUUCAGGGACAGCUGGUGGGUCAGAGCAAGAAACAGGAGACGGGGCUUCAGGUGAUGUAGGGCCACAAUGCACUCCUUGCUGCUGAGGGCUGAGAGAGUCAGACAUGUUCAAGGGAUGAGCAGGGAGUUCAUGGGGAGUAAAUGUGUUGACAGCUCCUAGUGACCUGCUUUGCUUUAGGAAGGCUGAACUGCAGACUGUUAAGGGGGACACUGAAGGGGAAGUGUCUCUGUAUCCUUACACUGCUUAUAGAUUUUGGGGUUCUGGUUUUUUUUCCCUAAGGUACUGAAAGGGGGGGACUGGAUACUAGGCAAGUUAAUCUUACCCAGGGGAGCAAUUUUAACUCUGACACACAGGACUCAGGUCCUAGAGGGUAUUAUGCUACCUUAUUGCAAAUGCUGAAUUUCAGGCCUUUCCUUACAGGUUUCCAAAUUUUAGAGUGGCUUCUGAUGUUCAGGUUCCUUGGCCAAAAAGGGCCCAGGGGUGUGGCAGGCAACCACACACCACUUUGAUAGUUGAAGGAAGUAGAAGAUACACAAAUGGAAUAUUGCAAAGCUGAGUGAGAGAGUGAUUAAAGACAAUGGAUCCAGACUUUUUAAAUUCAUUUACACAGCCUUCUACACUCGAUCGAUUCCUAGCUGAGGAUGUCAUCGUGAAAGGGGAGAAGAGGAAACUCAUAAAACCGACCCCAGGCAAAAACCUCAAACUGGAAGAAUUGAAACUGUUCUUGACUGAGUGGAUCAACAGAGUUCUGAAAGAGGAACACAUAGUAGUUAAAAGUCUGGAGGAAGACCUGUAUGAUGGGCUGGUACUUCAUCAUCUCCUGGAAAACUUAGGAUCUCUCAAGCUGGAUGUUGAGAAGAUUGCAUUAACAGAAGAAAAACAGCGACAGAAACUCUCUGUGAUUCUGGAAGUUGUGGCCAAGUGUUUGCAACUGGAAGAAAGUCAGCUGAAAUGGAGUGUGGAAUCUAUCUUGGCAAAGGACUUACUGAGCACAUUGCAUCUUCUGGUUGCAAUAGCAAAGCACUUUGAACCCACCCUGGCUCUGCCUCCAAAUGUUCAAGUGGAGACAAUCACCAUCGAGACUACCUCCAGAGAAUUAAAGACAUCAAAUGUGGUGGAAUAUAUCACAGAAAACAAAGAGAAUAUAGAAGCGCAGUCAAAAGAUGAUGCCUUUGAUGAAUUAUUUAGCUGUUCUCCAGAUAAAUGCCAUGCUGUAAAAAAGGCACUUCUGCAAUUUGUUGACCAGCAUGUUGGAAAAUUAGGAUUAAAUGUGAAAGACAUCGAAUCUCAGUUUUCAGAUGGGGUUAUCUUACUUCUCCUAAUUGGACAACUAGAGGGCUACUUUCUGAAUUUAAGGAAUUUCUUCCUGACUCCGGCCAGCACCAUGGAAAUGCUGCACAAUGUUAACCUGGCACUGGAGUUGCUAGCAGAGGGAGGCCUUCUGAAUUUUCCUGUGAAUUCUGAAGAUAUUGUGAAUGGAGAUACGAAGGCUAUAAUAAGAGUUCUGUAUUGCUUGUAUUCCAAAUACAGAACCAAAGAAGCAUGAAGAACAAGGCCAAGAGCAUGAGCUGCCUUUUUUUGUUUGUUUGUUUGUUUUUCUUUUUUUUCUAUUUUGGGUUGGGUUUUUUGUUUUGUUUUGUCUCUAGCAGACCAUGGUGUGGUUUUUGGAUUCCCAGCUCUGUUUGCCCCUGCUUCUGGGCAUGCACUGGCGUUUGACACUUGCUGUGUUAACACUGUAUAGCAAAUAUGUUGUUCAUGCAAGGUUUGACAUACACAGCCUGAGCAAGUGUAAAUGUGUGUCCACAGCUGAUGAAAUUCUAGGGCUGUAGCUCUUGUUCCAGAUCCUGCCUUCUGUAUUCUCUGAGCCCCCCAAUGCUGCAAGGAUAUUAAAUGUGUGUUUAUUCUGGG